AUGUGGGAAUUGGCUGGUUCUGUUCUAAAUUCUAUUUUAUUUUCCGUUUUCUCCACUAACAGGGUGAUGUCUUCUGAAGAUGAUGGUAGUUACAAGACAUUAGGAUUACCUACUCAACCAUACUGUCGUAUUCAUUGCCAUCAGUCAGCUGUACGUGCAGCACGUUUUAAUGCAGAUGGGAAUUAUUGUAUGACAGCUGGUGGUGACAAAACGAUAAAAUUAUGGAAUCCUUAUAAUUUCCGUUUAUUAAAGACUUAUGCAGGGCAUGGAGGUGAAGUUUCUGAUGUACAGGCAGGGAAAGAUAAUAGUCAACUUGGUUCAGGUGGAGCAGACUGUUUAGUUAUACUAUGGGAUGUUUCUACAGGACAAUCUGUUCGUCGAUGGCGUCGUCAUGCUGGUCGUGUGAAUUCUGUUUUAUUCAUUGCACCGUUUCACAAUUCCGAUUCAUUAGACCCUAGUCCAAUUUUAUUGUCUACUGGUGUAGAUGGGAUGGUUCUAGUUUGGGAUGCCAGAGCACGUACUCCUUAUCCAGUUCAGACUAUCCAUGAGGCACGGGAUAGUGUCACAUGUUGUGCAUUUCGUCGACAUCAAAUUGUUACCGGUUCGGUUGAUCGAUGUGUUCGGAUUUAUGAUAUUCGACGAGGUGAAAUGACUGAAGACUAUGUUGGUUACCCAGUUACAUCAGUUUCAAUUACCAUAGAUUGCCAAUGCUUUUUAGUUGGUACACAAGAUUCAACUUUACGUUUAUUCGACGCGUUAACCGGUGAACUUCUUAACAGAUACACAGGACAUACUAAUCAAACAUACAAAAUGGAUAGUGCUCUAAUGAAUUUAGAUCGUCAUAUAAUCAGUGGUUCAGAAAAAGAUGGUCUUGUUUUUGUAUGGGAUUUCAUACGUUCGGAUGCACCGAUUCAUACACUAGACCAUCAACCUGGCAGCAAUGCAUGGGGUGUUUUAUCUCCGCACAACCCAGAAUCAGUUAGUGAAUUGAUAAUUGAGACGGCUAAAUCAGUAAAUUUUAUGAUUCAUUCAGUGUCACCACAUCCUAAACAAAGUAAACUGCUUACAGCAGGUGGUGAUUUUGUUUGGUUGUGGGACGCUGAACCUAAAGAUAUUGAAGAAAAUGAAUAA